AAAAGUAAAGAAGAAAAAAAAAGAAAAGAAAGAACCGUUCCAUGCAUCAAUUGUAUGUAUCAGAUGCAGGACCACUUCUCAAAGUCUGUAGCCUAAUUUCCUGGCAAAUUACUCAUUUGUUUGGACAUUGGUACUACGUACCUUUGGACAGCUAAUCUUGACGUCCCUUUACUCGAAGGUUUGGACAUAAUAAAAUAAGAAGAAACUUGAAUGAAAUUGACACCAUUUGAUUUUUAUGUACGGACAACCCGUCACUACUCCCUCCUGACCUGCAGAUGGCGCUGCAUCAUUAGCCGGGAGCAGAAAUGUGACGGUAUGUCGUCACUUCCCGGCGGGGUUUCCACCUCAAACUAACUGAUGUAAACAAAACUACAGCUAAAGUGACAGUAAACAAAGUUUCAUGUGUGACAGCCGCUGAAACCUUUGGCUAAGUUAUCGUCAAAGUUUCAAUUAGCACUCGUAGUUAGUGGCUAACGUACCGCAAGACUUUCUCCAGGCAUCUUCACUGUUCUCUGAUGGACCCAUCUAACAGUGAGGUGCACCUCAACCACAGGAUGGAGGCUGUGGCACUGAAUGACGGCCCUGCUCCCGACGGCUCCUCCGGACAGAGGGAUACCCCGCCUGCAGACAUGCUGAGAAUAAGACAGCAGAUGUCCAACCAGUGCUUUGAGAUGGCAGUACAGCUCAAUGCAGGAAAAAGUAAGAGGUCGUGCAGCACAUCUGAAGCUGAGAGAGACUUACCAGAUUAUGUCAGUGAACUGGAAACUGUCAAGACAAAUCAUUUUAACAGCACAUUGACACUACACAGAAUGCAGAUGUGGCAUGCUAUUGGAGAAAACCUGAAACAAAAUGAUGCACAGGCUGAUGAACUGAAAGCUGUGAGCGAUCACUGCAUGAGUCUUUGUUCACGUAUAAAACAACUUCAGAAGGAGUCUAGAGCUCUUCAAGAUGAAAUUUCAGAAAUACAGAAGAAGAGGCUUGAGAUGAAACGGCUCACACAUGAGAAAAUGAAAGAGAUGGAAGAGUUUAUGUCCAAGAAAGAGCAUCCAGAUACAGAGAAGUACAAAGCAGUGUUGGAGAAAGGCCAAGCCAACCUGGAGAAAUAUAAAAAGAUGACCAUCAUGACACAGAACGUCCUCAGGGGUAUCCUCUUGGCCUGUAAAGUCAACUGGCUGGAUGAUCCCAAACUUCGAGACAUUGUCAUGACACUGGAGGAGUUUCCUAUCUCUGACUAGAGAAUGACUCUAUUUACUCAUAUUUAUAUGUUUCUGUCUUGUAUUGUCACAUAAAUCAAAUAAAACUAUUAAAACCA